AUGAGACGAGCAUGGAACGCUACUUCCAUGGAAGGAGCGAAAGGAAGGACUAAGUGUAAUCAGCAGGCAUUGCUGAGAAACUACAUACCAGGUGACAAACACCUUGACCUUCAAACCCAGAAGAAAAAUAUCACUCAGCUGGAAGUCUUUGAAGCCUCUCGAGAUAGUAGAAAGCAUCCUAGCAUUAGAGAAGUGCUUAAAGCUGUCAUUUGCAUUCUAAGAUACAUGAGAAGGUGGUUCGAACACAGGGCAUUCAAGAUAGUAAAGAUUAACUCUACAAGUCAUGGACCAUCCCUACCAGCAGCUGGAAGGUACUACUCUAAGAUAACCUGCAUUAGGUGUCAAACUGGUGUUUUGGAUCUCUCUCCACCAAUUUGGUAUUUUGAAUUAGAGCAGUGGAUAGACAAGAAAAAAUUUUAUGAAACAAUGUUUUCCCAGCGAGAAGUUGACAAAAAGAUGGAGAGAAAUGAUCUGUUUGAAUUUUUGAGAUAGUCUUCAACUGCUGCUGUAAGAAGCAUCAAAAAGCAUCGAGCAUUUGAAAUGGCUUUCACAUUAUUUCCUUUUCUUGCUGCAAAGCUUAAGAACCUGAUUACAGUGCUGCUACCAUGGGUGCAUCAUUUCAUGGAUGAAAAAGAUGGAUCCAAGAUAUUAAGUAAAAUUUUCAACUCCUCAGAAGGAUAUUAA